AUGCACUCUUUUAAUGCCAUCCUUGAUGAAAUACCUGGAACAUCAAAGGCAAAAGACGAAGAAUCAAGGAAGGUAGAUUAUCUAACAUCAUCUUCGUCUGCUCGAAGCACUUCGAGUUCUGAUAGUUGGACAGACGCAGAAUCACAUGCAUAUAGUCGUGUUAAGGACUUCAGCGAGGGAGAAAAUGCUAAGAAGAGUAAAUGCAAAACAACAUCAAACCCUACAGAGAAGAGCCGAAAAUAUAAAAGAAACUUAAACCAACAACGAUUAUCUCAGCCUCUGAAUUCUAAAGAAGUACGGCCUACUCGUCCAUCGGUUGUACUUAAGCGCAGAUUAUCUCUGGAUUCAUUUGAACAUUCCCCUAAGACCAGUGACAUGUUAAUAGUACGCAAUCAGGAAGAAAUUAAAACGCCAAUGAAAGAGUUAAUCGAGGCUUCUUCUGUUGGAAUCCGCAACAAAUACCCCAUGAGCGAAUACCAAAUGCAAUUGAUUCAUCUAUCCCUCUGUGAUCUUAUUGAAAAUAUAAACAUAAAAGGAUCGGGACCGAGUUUCUCAGGCUUUAUUCACAAAACUGAUUGGAUCAUAAUUGUUUGUGACAAUUCGGAGAGUGAGCGGUGGUUAAAAAAAGCUAUACCUACCUUGAAACCAUGGCCGGACGCAGAAUUGUCUAUUAUAGAAACACGGGACAUACCAAUCAUCAUAACAGGAACCGCAUACAUUCCAUACAGCGAAGCUUUAACUAUCAGUACCGCUUUUCAUUUGUUGAACAUUCAAAAUCGAGGUCUGAACACAGAACACUGGAGAAUGGUGAGUGUUAGGCCUGAAACGUUUGGUCAAACUGUAACAUUCACUCUGGAUCAUGAUUCCGCUGAGGUCUUACGAAGUCUAAACGGUCGCAUCACACUUGGCUUCGAGAAGAUCAAAAUUGAAAUAGAGAGUAAUGUCAGUGAAACUCCAGAUGACCCCGUACCAGGACCUUCGGGAAUCACUCCAAAGCGUCGACGAACGGAAAAUCUGUAAUAGACAAAUAUUUAAAAAGAAUUUACAUUACAAUCCGAAAAUUCAACGUGUUUUCUGUUUGUACUAACUAAUACCAAUUCAAAAUUGUUAAACAAAAAAUGGGAUAUCAUGAGUAAACAACAACUUGUAAGCUCACAGUAAAACACAGUUUCUAAACAUCGCAAUUGAUUCAUACAAUACAACAAACAUAUUGGUUUCAAGUAACAUUUAAUUUAUAUUAAUUAUUUUAUGUUUUAAUUAAUUAUCUGAUUAGAUUAAUAAUAAUAAUUUGAACUGUUUUAGUUUGAGUGGGAUGAGAGGAAUGAAAUUUUAAUGUAAUUUUCUAAUUUACUUACUCUUCAUUUAUUUACUGGAUCGAUAUAGUAUUUUAACAGUAUUUAUAGGUAUAUAUUGCCUCGGUUUGCAAGCUGUGGAAAACAUCUGUCAAGGCUUUAAUGAGCAAGAAUUUCACAUGACCACGACUGUUCUGCCAAGAGCAACCGAUUAUGAUGAUAUUAUAACUCACUUAUUUUAAAUUCAUUCAAUUUAGAUAAUGUGUUCGUCAUUGUAAUUUAUAAAUUUGUUAGUUUUGUUAUAAAUGUCCAUAACGUAAACCUUCCCAAUGUAAUCAUUAUUUGUAUAUUUGUUUUUAUAUUUUGUAAAAUAAUACUUAGUUAUUUUAAAGUAUGUGCUUAUUAAGUUAAAAUAACAAUAAAUAAAUAAAAAUAAUUUUCCAAUAAUCAAACCUCAAUCAGUGCCGUCAAAUUGUAUUUGAUAGACCCAAAUAGUUAAAUGUCAAUGUUAAAUUCGUAAUGAUUAAAUUCGUGCAUAUGCCACUAACAAAAUAUUUGUAGAAAACACGGUUUAUAUUUCAACGAUGAUAUUAUCAUGAUUAUAAUCAUAACAAUAGCACCAUGUCGAGGUUAGAUUAUUGCAUGGGACACAAGACGACCUUACCUCCUCGUGUGCUAAGCCAUUUUGGGUACCUGUUGAUCUGAGUCUCCCGGUACUUAAAAUGGAUAGCCGGUGUGUCCUGGGUCACAGUUAGUAACUUUGUAUAAUAUGUCUAACAAACAAAUGGGGAAUCAAUUUCGGCCCAAAUAAAUCAGGUUCUUACGUUUCAUAUGAUGAUCAAUUCUUUUUAUCGAAAAUCUAUUUCGUGGUAAGAAUUAAUAUUAAAAUUUGUUAUCUCAGUUCAGUUGAUUACUUAAAAUGAAUAAGAAGUAACAUUUUCAAAUCUCAGUUAAAAUAUUUGACUCUAUUCCCGUGACAUUAUUAUGCAAUCUUGCUAAUUGUGGGCGAAAUGGGUCGUCCCUAAUCUAAGGUGUGAAACGAACCGUGCCGAUAGAUGCGUGGCUGAGAAGGAGCUCAGUCUUGAACGGUGUGUCUUCGAUACCUGGGCACCUCGAAGAACUAUUAACGCCCUCCUUAUGGCAUGCCAGGCUCUGCUGUUUGUGAAAUUGUAUACCUGCGCUACUCGUGGGAACUAUAUCGGAGUCAGACAACAAUAACGAAUAUGAUAUGAACUCUUUUAAUGCCAUCCUUGAUGAAAUACCUGGAACAUCAAAGGCAAAAGACGAAGAAUCAAGGAAGGUAGAUUAUCUAACAUCAUCUUCGUCUGCUCGAAGCACUUCGAGUUCUGAUAGUUGGACAGACGCAGAAUCACAUGCAUAUAGUCGUGUUAAGGAUUUAAGCGAAGGAGAAAAUGCUAAGCAGAGUAAACGCAAAGUAACAUCAAACCCUACAGAGAAGAGUCGAAAAUAUAAAAGAAACUUAAACCAACAACAAUUAUCUCAGCGUCUGAAUUCUAAAGAAGUACGGCCUACUCGUCCAUCGGUUGCACUUAAGCGCAGAUUAUCUCUGGAUUCAUCUGAACAUUCUCAAAAGACCACUGACAUGUUAAUAGAACGCGAUCAGGAAGAAAUCAAAACGCUAAUAAGAGAGUUAAUCGAGGCUUCAUUUGUUGGAAUCCGCAACAGACACCCCAUGAGCGAAUACCAAAUGCAAUUGAUUCAUCUAUCUCUCUGUGAUCUUAUUGAAAAUAUAAACAUAAAAGGAUCGGGACCGAGUUUCUCAGGCUUUAUUCACAAAACUGAUUGGAUCAUAAUUGUUUGUGACAAUUCGGAGAGUGAGCGGUGGUUAAAAAAAGCUAUACCUACCUUGAAACCAUGGCCGGACGCAGAACUGUCUAUUAUAGAAACACGGGAUAUAGCCAACAUCACAACAGGAACCGCAUACAUUCCAUACAGCGAAGCUUUAACUAUCAGUAGCGCUUUUCAUUUGUUGAACAUUCAAAAUCGAGGUCUGAACACAGAACACUGGAAAGUGGUGAGUGUUAGGCCUGAAACGUUUGGUCAAACUGUAACAUUCACUCUGGAUCAUGAUUCCGCUGAGGUCUUACGAAGUCUAAACGGUCGCAUCACACUUGGCUUCGAGAAGAUCAAAAUUGAAAUAGAGAGUAAUGUCAGUGAAACUCCAGAUGACCCCGUACCAGGACCUUCGGGAAUCACUCCAAAGCGUCGAAGAACGGAAAAUCUGUAAUAGACAAAUAUUUAAAAAGAAUUUACAUUACAAUCCGAAAAUUCAACGUGUUUUCUGUUUGUACUAACUAAUACCAAUUCAAAAUUGUUAAACAAAAAAUGGGAUAUCAUGAGUAAACAACAACUUGUAAGCUCACAGUAAAACACAGUUUCUAAACAUCGUAAUGGAUGCAUAAAAAACAAGAAGCAUAUUGGUUUCAAGUAAUAUUUUGUUUAAAUUAAUUAUUUUAUGUUUCAAUUAAUUAUAUGAUUAUAUUAAUAAUAAUAAUUUGAACUGUUUUAGUUUCAGUGGGAUGAGAGGAAUGAAAUUUUAAUGUAAUUUUCUAACUUACUUACUCUUCGUUUAUUUACUGGAUCGACAUAGUAUUUUAACAGUAUCUAUAUAACUCACUUAUUUUAAAUUCAUUUAAUUUAGAUAAUGUGUUCGUUAUUGUAAUUUAUACAUUUAUUAGUUUUGUUAUCAAUGUCCAUGGCAUAAAACUUCCCAUUUUAAUCAUUAUUUGUAUAUUUGUUUUUAAAUUUUGUAAAAUAUUAGUUAAUUACUUAUUAUAAAGUAUGUCCUUAUUAUGUUUAAAUAACAAUAAAUAAAUAAAAAUAAUUUUCCAAUAAUCAAACCUCAAUCAAUGCCGUCAAAUUGUAUUUGAUAGACCCAAAUAGUUAAAUGUCAAUGUUAAAUUCGUAAUGAUGAAAUUCGUGCAUAUGCCACUAACAAAAUAUUUGUAGAAAACACGAUUUAUAUUUCAACGAUGAUAUUAUCAUGAUUAUAAUCAUAACAAUAGCACCAUGUCGAGGUUAGAUUAUUGCAUGGGACACAAGACGACCUUACCUCCUCGUGUGCUAAGCCAUUUUGGGUACCUGUUGAUCUGAGUCUCCCGGUACCUAAAAUGGAUAGCCGGUGUGUCCUGGGUCACAGUUAGUAACUUUGUAUAAUAUGUCUAACAAACCAAUGGGGAAUCAAUUUCGGCCCAAAUAAAUCAGGUUCUUACGUUUCAUAUGAUGAUCAAUUCUUUUUAUCGAAAAUCUAUUUCGUGGUAAGAAUUAAUAUUAAAAUUUGUUAUCUCAGUUCAGUUGAUUACUUAAAAUGAAUAAGAAGUAACAUUUUCAAAUCUCAGUUAAAAUAUUUGACUCUAUUCCCGUGACAUUAUUAUGCAAUCUUGCUAAUUGUGGGCGAAAUGGGUCGUCCCUAAUCUAAGGUGUGAAACGAACCGUGCCGAUAGAUGCGUGGCUGAGAAGGAGCUCAGUCUUGAACGGUGUGUCUUCGAUACCUGGGCACCUCGAAGAACUAUUAACGCCCUCCUUAUGGCAUGCCAGGCUCUGCUGUUUGUGAAAUUGUAUACCUGCGCUACUCGUGGGAACUAUAUCGGAGUCAGACAACAAUAACGAAUAUGAUAUGCACUCUUUUAAUGCCAUCCUUGAUGAAAUACCUGGAACAUCAAAGGCAAAAGACGAAGAAUCAAGGAAGGUAGAUUAUCUAACAUCAUCUUCGUCUGCUCGAAGCACUUCGAGUUCUGAUAGUUGGACAGACGCAGAAUCACAUGCAUAUAGUCGUGUUAAGGACUUCAGCGAGGGAGAAAAUGCUAAGAAGAGUAAAUGCAAAACAACAUCAAACCCUACAGAGAAGAGCCGAAAAUAUAAAAGAAACUUAAACCAACAACGAUUAUCUCAGCCUCUGAAUUCUAAAGAAGUACGGCCUACUCGUCCAUCGGUUGUACUUAAGCGCAGAUUAUCUCUGGAUUCAUUUGAACAUUCCCCUAAGACCAGUGACAUGUUAAUAGUACGCAAUCAGGAAGAAAUUAAAACGCCAAUGAGAGAGUUAAUCGAGGCUUCUUCUGUUGGAAUCCGCAACAAAUACCCCAUGAGCGAAUACCAAAUGCAAUUGAUUCAUCUAUCCCUCUGUGAUCUUAUUGAAAAUAUAAACAUAAAAGGAUCAGGACCGAGUUUCUCAGGCUUUAUUCACAAAAAUGAUUGGAUCAUGAUUGUUUGUGACAAUUCGGAUAGUGAGCGGUGGUUAAAAAAAGCUAUACCUACCUUGAAACCGUGGCCGGAGGCAGAACUGUCUAUUAUAGAAACACGGGAUAUAGCCAACAUCACAACAGGAACCGCAUACAUUCCAUACAGCGAAGCUUUAACUAUCAGUAGCGCUUUUCAUUUGUUGAACAUUCAAAAUCGAGGUCUGAACACAGAACACUGGAAAGUGGUGAGUGUUAGGCCUGAAACGUUUGGUCAAACUAUAACAUUCACUCUGGAUCAUGAUUCCGCUGAGGUCUUACGAAGUCUAAACGGUCGCAUCACACUUGGCUUCGAGAAGAUCAAAAUUGAAAUAGAGAGUAAUGUCAGUGAAACUCCAGAUGACCCCGUACCAGGACCUUCGGGAAUCACUCCAAAGCGUCGAAGAACGGAAAAUCUGUAAUAGACAAAUAUUUAAAAAGAAUUUACAUUACAAUCCGAAAAUUCAACGUGUUUUCUGUUUGUACUAACUAAUACCAAUUCAAAAUUGUUAAACAAAAAAUGGGAUAUCAUGAGUAAACAACAACUUGUAAGCUCACAGUAAAACACAGUUUCUAAACAUCGUAAUGGAUGCAUAAAAAACAAGAAGCAUAUUGGUUUCAAGUAAUAUUUUGUUUAAAUUAAUUAUUUUAUGUUUCAAUUAAUUAUAUGAUUAUAUUAAUAAUAAUAAUUUGAACUGUUUUAGUUUCAGUGGGAUGAGAGGAAUGAAAUUUUAAUGUAAUUUUCUAACUUACUUACUCUUCGUUUAUUUACUGGAUCGACAUAGUAUUUUAACAGUAUCUAUAUAACUCACUUAUUUUAAAUUCAUUUAAUUUAGAUAAUGUGUUCGUUAUUGUAAUUUAUACAUUUAUUAGUUUUGUUAUCAAUGUCCAUGGCAUAAAACUUCCCAUUGUAAUCAUUAUUUGUAUAUUUGUUUUUAAAUUUUGUAAAAUAUUAGUUAAUUACUUAUUAUAAAGUAUGUCCUUAUUAUGUUUAAAUAACAAUAAAUAAAUAAAAAUAAUUUUCCAAUAAUCAAACCUCAAUCAAUGCCGUCAAAUUGUAUUUGAUAGACCCAAAUAGUUAAAUGUCAAUGUUAAAUUCGUAAUGAUGAAAUUCGUGCAUAUGCCACUAACAAAAUAUUUGUAGAAAACACGAUUUAUAUUUCAACGAUGAUAUUAUCAUGAUUAUAAUCAUAACAAUAGCACCAUGUCGAGGUUAGAUUAUUGCAUGGGACACAAGACGACCUUACCUCCUCGUGUGCUAAGCCAUUUUGGGUACCUGUUGAUCUGAGUCUCCCGGUACCUAAAAUGGAUAGCCGGUGUGUCCUGGGUCACAGUUAGUAACUUUGUAUAAUAUGUCUAACAAACAAAUGGGGAAUCAAUUUCGGCCCAAAUAAAUCAGGUUCUUACGUUUCAUAUGAUGAUCAAUUCUUUUUAUCGAAAAUCUAUUUCGUGGUAAGAAUUAAUAUUAAAAUUUGUUAUCUCAGUUCAGUUGAUUACUUAAAAUGAAUAAGAAGUAACAUUUUCAAAUCUCAGUUAAAAUAUUUGACUCUAUUCCCGUGACAUUAUUAUGCAAUCUUGCUAAUUGUGGGCGAAAUGGGUCGUCCCUAAUCUAAGGUGUGAAACGAACCGUGCCGAUAGAUGCGUGGCUGAGAAGGAGCUCAGUCUUGAACGGUGUGUCUUCGAUACCUGGGCACCUCGAAGAACUAUUAACGCCCUCCUUAUGGCAUGCCAGGCUCUGCUGUUUGUGAAAUUGUAUACCUGCGCUACUCGUGGGAACUAUAUCGGAGUCAGACAACAAUAACGAAUAUGAUAUGCACUCUUUUAAUGCCAUCCUUGAUGAAAUACCUGGAACAUCAAAGGCAAAAGACGAAGAAUCAAGGAAGGUAGAUUAUCUAACAUCAUCUUCGUCUGCUCGAAGCACUUCGAGUUCUGAUAGUUGGACAGACGCAGAAUCACAUGCAUAUAGUCGUGUUAAGGACUUCAGCGAGGGAGAAAAUGCUAAGAAGAGUAAAUGCAAAACAACAUCAAACCCUACAGAGAAGAGCCGAAAAUAUAAAAGAAACUUAAACCAACAACGAUUAUCUCAGCCUCUGAAUUCUAAAGAAGUACGGCCUACUCGUCCAUCGGUUGUACUUAAGCGCAGAUUAUCUCUGGAUUCAUUUGAACAUUCCCCUAAGACCAGUGACAUGUUAAUAGUACGCAAUCAGGAAGAAAUUAAAACGCCAAUGAGAGAGUUAAUCGAGGCUUCUUCUGUUGGAAUCCGCAACAAAUACCCCAUGAGCGAAUACCAAAUGCAAUUGAUUCAUCUAUCCCUCUGUGAUCUUAUUGAAAAUAUAAACAUAAAAGGAUCGGGACCGAGUUUCUCAGGCUUUAUUCACAAAACUGAUUGGAUCAUAAUUGUUUGUGACAAUUCGGAGAGUGAGCGGUGGUUAAAAAAAGCUAUACCUACCUUGAAACCAUGGCCGGACGCAGAAUUGUCUAUUAUAGAAACACGGGACAUACCAAUCAUCAUAACAGGAACCGCAUACAUUCCAUACAGCGAAGCUUUAACUAUCAGUACCGCUUUUCAUUUGUUGAACAUUCAAAAUCGAGGUCUGAACACAGAACACUGGAGAAUGGUGAGUGUUAGGCCUGAAACGUUUGGUCAAACUGUAACAUUCACUCUGGAUCAUGAUUCCGCUGAGGUCUUACGAAGUCUAAACGGUCGCAUCACACUUGGCUUCGAGAAGAUCAAAAUUGAAAUAGAGAGUAAUGUCAGUGAAACUCCAGAUGACCCCGUACCAGGACCUUCGGGAAUCACUCCAAAGCGUCGACGAACGGAAAAUCUGUAAUAGACAAAUAUUUAAAAAGAAUUUACAUUACAAUCCGAAAAUUGAACGUGUUUUCUGUUUGUACUAACUAAUACCAAUUCAAAAUUGUUAAACAAAAAAUGGGAUAUCAUGAGUAAACAACAACUUGUAAGCUCACAGUAAAACACAGUUUCUAAACAUCGCAAUUGAUUCAUACAGUACAACAAACAUAUUGGUUUCAAGUAACAUUUAAUUUAUAUUAAUUAUUUUAUGUUUUAAUUAAUUAUCUGAUUAGAUUAAUAAUAAUAAUUUGAACUGUUUUAGUUUGAGUGGGAUGAGAGGAAUGAAAUUUUAAUGUAAUUUUCUAAUUUACUUACUCUUCAUUUAUUUACUGGAUCGAUAUAGUAUUUUAACAGUAUUUAUAGGUAUAUAUUGCCUCGGUUUGCAAGCUGUGGAAAACAUCUGUCAAGGCUUUAAUGAGCAAGAAUUUCACAUGACCACGACUGUUCUGCCAAGAGCAACCGAUUAUGAUGAUAUUAUAACUCACUUAUUUUAAAUUCAUUCAAUUUAGAUAAUGUGUUCGUCAUUGUAAUUUAUAAAUUUGUUAGUUUUGUUAUAAAUGUCCAUAACGUAAACCUUCCCAAUGUAAUCAUUAUUUGUAUAUUUGUUUUUAUAUUUUGUAAAAUAAUACUUAGUUAUUUUAAAGUAUGUGCUUAUUAAGUUAAAAUAACAAUAAAUAAAUAAAAAUAAUUUUCCAAUAAUCAAACCUCAAUCAGUGCCGUCAAAUUGUAUUUGAUAGACCCAAAUAGUUAAAUGUCAAUGUUAAAUUCGUAAUGAUUAAAUUCGUGCAUAUGCCACUAACAAAAUAUUUGUAGAAAACACGGUUUAUAUUUCAACGAUGAUAUUAUCAUGAUUAUAAUCAUAACAAUAGCACCAUGUCGAGGUUAGAUUAUUGCAUGGGACACAAGACGACCUUACCUCCUCGUGUGCUAAGCCAUUUUGGGUACCUGUUGAUCUGAGUCUCCCGGUACUUAAAAUGGAUAGCCGGUGUGUCCUGGGUCACAGUUAGUAACUUUGUAUAAUAUGUCUAACAAACAAAUGGGGAAUCAAUUUCGGCCCAAAUAAAUCAGGUUCUUACGUUUCAUAUGAUGAUCAAUUCUUUUUAUCGAAAAUCUAUUUCGUGGUAAGAAUUAAUAUUAAAAUUUGUUAUCUCAGUUCAGUUGAUUACUUAAAAUGAAUAAGAAGUAACAUUUUCAAAUCUCAGUUAAAAUAUUUGACUCUAUUCCCGUGACAUUAUUAUGCAAUCUUGCUAAUUGUGGGCGAAAUGGGUCGUCCCUAAUCUAAGGUGUGAAACGAACCGUGCCGAUAGAUGCGUGGCUGAGAAGGAGCUCAGUCUUGAACGGUGUGUCUUCGAUACCUGGGCACCUCGAAGAACUAUUAACGCCCUCCUUAUGGCAUGCCAGGCUCUGCUGUUUGUGAAAUUGUAUACCUGCGCUACUCGUGGGAACUAUAUCGGAGUCAGACAACAAUAACGAAUAUGAUAUGCACUCUUUUAAUGCCAUCCUUGAUGAAAUACCUGGAACAUCAAAGGCAAAAGACGAAGAAUCAAGGAAGGUAGAUUAUCUAACAUCAUCUUCGUCUGCUCGAAGCACUUCGAGUUCUGAUAGUUGGACAGACGCAGAAUCACAUGCAUAUAGUCGUAUUAAGGACUUAAGCGAAGGAGAAAAUGCUAAGCAGAGUAAACGCAAAGUAACAUCAAACCCUACAGAGAAGAGUCGAAAAUAUAAAAGAAACUUAAACCAACAACAAUUAUCUCAGCGUCUGAAUUCUAAAGAAGUACGGCCUACUCAUCCAUCGGUUGCACUUAAGCGCAGAUUAUCUCUGGAUUCAUCUGAACAUUCUCAAAAGACCACUGACAUGUUAAUAGAACGCGAUCAGGAAGAAAUCAAAACGCUAAUAAGAGAGUUAAUCGAGGCUUCAUUUGUUGGAAUCCGCAACAGACACCCCAUGAGCGAAUACCAAAUGCAAUUGAUUCAUCUAUCCCUCUGUGAUCUUAUUGAAAAUAUAAACAUAAAAGGAUCAGGACCGAGUUUCUCAGGCUUUAUUCACAAAAAUGAUUGGAUCAUGAUUGUUUGUGACAAUUCGGAUAGUGAGCGGUGGUUAAAAAAAGCUAUACCUACCUUGAAACCGUGGCCGGAGGCAGAACUGUCUAUUAUAGAAACACGGGAUAUAGCCAACAUCACAACAGGAACCGCAUACAUUCCAUACAGCGAAGCUUUAACUAUCAGUAGCGCUUUUCAUUUGUUGAACAUUCAAAAUCGAGGUCUGAACACAGAACACUGGAAAGUGGUGAGUGUUAGGCCUGAAACGUUUGGUCAAACUAUAACAUUCACUCUGGAUCAUGAUUCCGCUGAGGUCUUACGAAGUCUAAACGGUCGCAUCACACUUGGCUUCGAGAAGAUCAAAAUUGAAAUAGAGAGUAAUGUCAGUGAAACUCCAGAUGACCCCGUACCAGGACCUUCGGGAAUCACUCCAAAGCGUCGAAGAACGGAAAAUCUGUAAUAGACAAAUAUUUAAAAAGAAUUUACAUUACAAUCCGAAAAUUCAACGUGUUUUCUGUUUGUACUAACUAAUACCAAUUCAAAAUUGUUAAACAAAAAAUGGGAUAUCAUGAGUAAACAACAACUUGUAAGCUCACAGUAAAACACAGUUUCUAAACAUCGUAAUGGAUGCAUAAAAAACAAGAAGCAUAUUGGUUUCAAGUAAUAUUUUGUUUAAAUUAAUUAUUUUAUGUUUCAAUUAAUUAUAUGAUUAUAUUAAUAAUAAUAAUUUGAACUGUUUUAGUUUCAGUGGGAUGAGAGGAAUGAAAUUUUAAUGUAAUUUUCUAACUUACUUACUCUUCGUUUAUUUACUGGAUCGACAUAGUAUUUUAACAGUAUCUAUAUAACUCACUUAUUUUAAAUUCAUUUAAUUUAGAUAAUGUGUUCGUUAUUGUAAUUUAUACAUUUAUUAGUUUUGUUAUCAAUGUCCAUGGCAUAAAACUUCCCAUUGUAAUCAUUAUUUGUAUAUUUGUUUUUAAAUUUUGUAAAAUAUUAGUUAAUUACUUAUUAUAAAGUAUGUCCUUAUUAUGUUUAAAUAACAAUAAAUAAAUAAAAAUAAUUUUCCAAUAAUCAAACCUCAAUCAAUGCCGUCAAAUUGUAUUUGAUAGACCCAAAUAGUUAAAUGUCAAUGUUAAAUUCGUAAUGAUGAAAUUCGUGCAUAUGCCACUAACAAAAUAUUUGUAGAAAACACGAUUUAUAUUUCAACGAUGAUAUUAUCAUGAUUAUAAUCAUAACAAUAGCACCAUGUCGAGGUUAGAUUAUUGCAUGGGACACAAGACGACCUUACCUCCUCGUGUGCUAAGCCAUUUUGGGUACCUGUUGAUCUGAGUCUCCCGGUACCUAAAAUGGAUAGCCGGUGUGUCCUGGGUCACAGUUAGUAACUUUGUAUAAUAUGUCUAACAAACCAAUGGGGAAUCAAUUUCGGCCCAAAUAAAUCAGGUUCUUACGUUUCAUAUGAUGAUCAAUUCUUUUUAUCGAAAAUCUAUUUCGUGGUAAGAAUUAAUAUUAAAAUUUGUUAUCUCAGUUCAGUUGAUUACUUAAAAUGAAUAAGAAGUAACAUUUUCAAAUCUCAGUUAAAAUAUUUGACUCUAUUCCCGUGACAUUAUUAUGCAAUCUUGCUAAUUGUGGGCGAAAUGGGUCGUCCCUAAUCUAAGGUGUGAAACGAACCGUGCCGAUAGAUGCGUGGCUGAGAAGGAGCUCAGUCUUGAACGGUGUGUCUUCGAUACCUGGGCACCUCGAAGAACUAUUAACGCCCUCCUUAUGGCAUGCCAGGCUCUGCUGUUUGUGAAAUUGUAUACCUGCGCUACUCGUGGGAACUAUAUCGGAGUCAGACAACAAUAACGAAUAUGAUAUGCACUCUUUUAAUGCCAUCCUUGAUGAAAUACCUGGAACAUCAAAGGCAAAAGACGAAGAAUCAAGGAAGGUAGAUUAUCUAACAUCAUCUUCGUCUGCUCGAAGCACUUCGAGUUCUGAUAGUUGGACAGACGCAGAAUCACAUGCAUAUAGUCGUGUUAAGGACUUCAGCGAGGGAGAAAAUGCUAAGAAGAGUAAAUGCAAAACAACAUCAAACCCUACAGAGAAGAGCCGAAAAUAUAAAAGAAACUUAAACCAACAACGAUUAUCUCAGCCUCUGAAUUCUAAAGAAGUACGGCCUACUCGUCCAUCGGUUGUACUUAAGCGCAGAUUAUCUCUGGAUUCAUUUGAACAUUCCCCUAAGACCAGUGACAUGUUAAUAGUACGCAAUCAGGAAGAAAUUAAAACGCCAAUGAGAGAGUUAAUCGAGGCUUCUUCUGUUGGAAUCCGCAACAAAUACCCCAUGAGCGAAUACCAAAUGCAAUUGAUUCAUCUAUCCCUCUGUGAUCUUAUUGAAAAUAUAAACAUAAAAGGAUCGGGACCGAGUUUCUCAGGCUUUAUUCACAAAACUGAUUGGAUCAUAAUUGUUUGUGACAAUUCGGAGAGUGAGCGGUGGUUAAAAAAAGCUAUACCUACCUUGAAACCAUGGCCGGACGCAGAAUUGUCUAUUAUAGAAACACGGGACAUACCAAUCAUCAUAACAGGAACCGCAUACAUUCCAUACAGCGAAGCUUUAACUAUCAGUACCGCUUUUCAUUUGUUGAACAUUCAAAAUCGAGGUCUGAACACAGAACACUGGAGAAUGGUGAGUGUUAGGCCUGAAACGUUUGGUCAAACUGUAACAUUCACUCUGGAUCAUGAUUCCGCUGAGGUCUUACGAAGUCUAAACGGUCGCAUCACACUUGGCUUCGAGAAGAUCAAAAUUGAAAUAGAGAGUAAUGUCAGUGAAACUCCAGAUGACCCCGUACCAGGACCUUCGGGAAUCACUCCAAAGCGUCGACGAACGGAAAAUCUGUAAUAGACAAAUAUUUAAAAAGAAUUUACAUUACAAUCCGAAAAUUCAACGUGUUUUCUGUUUGUACUAACUAAUACCAAUUCAAAAUUGUUAAACAAAAAAUGGGAUAUCAUGAGUAAACAACAACUUGUAAGCUCACAGUAAAACACAGUUUCUAAACAUCGCAAUUGAUUCAUACAAUACAACAAACAUAUUGGUUUCAAGUAACAUUUAAUUUAUAUUAAUUAUUUUAUGUUUUAAUUAAUUAUCUGAUUAGAUUAAUAAUAAUAAUUUGAACUGUUUUAGUUUCAGUGGGAUGAGAGGAAUGAAAUUUUAAUGUAAUUUUCUAAUUUACUUACUCUUCGUUUAUUUACUGGAUCGACAUAGUAUUUUAACAGUAUCUAUAUAACUCACUUAUUUUAAAUUCAUUUAAUUUAGAUAAUGUGUUCGUUAUUGUAAUUUAUACAUUUAUUAGUUUUGUUAUCAAUGUCCAUGGCAUAAAACUUCCCAUUGUAAUCAUUAUUUGUAUAUUUGUUUUUAAAUUUUGUAAAAUAUUAGUUAAUUACUUAUUAUAAAGUAUGUCCUUAUUAUGUUUAAAUAACAAUAAAUAAAUAAAAUUGUUUUCCAAUAAUCAAACCUCAAUCAGUGCCGUCAAAUUGUAUUUGAUAGACCCAAAUAGUUAAAUGUCAAUGUUAAAUUCGUAAUUAUGAAAUUCGUGAAAAUACCACUAACAAAAUAUUUGUAGAAAACACGGUUUAUAUUUCAACGAUGAUAUUAUCAUGAUUAUAAUCAUAACAAGAGUACCAUGUCGAGGUUAGAUUAUUGCACGGGACACAAGACGACCUUACCUCCUCGUGUGCUAAGCCAUUUUGGGUACCUGUUGAUUCGAGUCUCCCGGUACUUAAAAUGGAUAGCCGGUGUGUCCUGGGUCACAGUUAGUAACUUUGUAUAAUAUGUCUAACAAACCAAUGGGGAAUAUAUUUCGGCCCAAAUAAAUCAGGUUCUUACGUUUCAUAUGAUGAUCAAUUCUUUUUAUCGAAAAUCUAUUUCGUGGUAAGAAUUAAUAUUAAAAUUUGUUAUCUCAGUUCAGUUGAUUACUUAAAAUGAAUAAGAAGUAACAUUUUCAAAUCUCAGUUAAAAUAUUUGACUCUAUUCCCGUGACAUUAUUAUGCAAUCUUGCUAAUUGUGGGCGAAAUGGGUCGUCCCUAAUCUAAGGUGUGAAACGAACCGUGCCGAUAGAUGCGUGGCUGAGAAGGAGCUCAGUCUUGAACGGUGUGUCUUCGAUACCUGGGCACCUCGAAGAACUAUUAACGCCCUCCUUAUGGCAUGCCAGGCUCUGCUGUUUGUGAAAUUGUAUACCUGCGCUACUCGUGGGAACUAUAUCGGAGUCAGACAACAAUAACGAAUAUGAUAUGCACUCUUUUAACGCCAUCCUUGAUGCAAUACCUGAAACAUCAAAGGCAAAAGACGAAGAAUCAAGGAAGGUAGAUUAUCUAACAUCAUCUUCGUCUGCUCGAAGCACUUCGAGUUCUGAUAGUUGGACAGACGCAGAAUCACAUGCAUAUAGUCGUGUUAAGGAUUUAAGCGAAGGAGAAAAUGCUAAGCAGAGUAAACGCAAAGUAACAUCAAACCCUACAGAGAAGAGUCGAAAAUAUAAAAGAAACUUAAACCAACAACAAUUAUCUCAGCGUCUGAAUUCUAAAGAAUUACGGCCUACUCGUCCAUCGGUUGCACUUAAGCGCAGAUUAUCUCUGGAUUCAUCUGAACAUUCUCAAAAGACCACUGACAUGUUAAUAGAACGCGAUCAGGAAGAAAUCAAAACGCUAAUAAGAGAGUUAAUCGAGGCUUCAUUUGUUGGAAUCCGCAACAGACACCCCAUGAGCGAAUACCAAAUGCAAUUGAUUCAUCUAUCUCUCUGUGAUCUUAUUGAAAAUAUAAACAUAAAAGGAUCGGGACCGAGUUUCUCAGGCUUUAUUCACAAAACUGAUUGGAUCAUAAUUGUUUGUGACAAUUCGGAGAGUGAGCGGUGGUUAAAAAAAGCUAUACCUACCUUGAAACCAUGGCCGGACGCAGAAUUGUCUAUUAUAGAAACACGGGACAUACCAAUCAUCAUAACAGGAACCGCAUACAUUCCAUACAGCGAAGCUUUAACUAUCAGUACCGCUUUUCAUUUGUUGAACAUUCAAAAUCGAGGUCUGAACACAGAACACUGGAGAAUGGUGAGUGUUAGGCCUGAAACGUUUGGUCAAACUGUAACAUUCACUCUGGAUCAUGAUUCCGCUGAGGUCUUACGAAGUCUAAACGGUCGCAUCACACUUGGCUUCGAGAAGAUCAAAAUUGAAAUAGAGAGUAAUGUCAGUGAAACUCUAGAUGACCCCGUACCAGGACCUUCGGGAAUCACUCCAAAGCGUCGAAGAACGGAAAAUCUGUAAUAGACAAAUAUUUAAAAAGAAUUUACAUUACAAUCCGAAAAUUCAACGUGUUUUCUGUUUGUACUAACUAAUACCAAUUCAAAAUUGUUAAACAAAAAAUGGGAUAUCAUGAGUAAACAACAACUUGUAAGCUCACAGUAAAACACGGUUUCUAAACAUCGCAAUUACAACAAACAUAUUGGUUUCAAGUAACAUUUAAUUUAUAUUAAUUAUUUUAUGUUUUAAUUAAUUAUCUGAUUGGAUUAAUAAUAAUAAUUUGAACUGUUUUAGUUUGAGUGGGAUGAGAGGAAUGAAAUUUUAAUGUAAUUUUCUAAUUUACUUACUCUUCAUUUAUUUACUGGAUCGAUAUAGUAUUUUAACAGUAUUUAUAGGUAUAUAUUGCCUCGGUUUGCAAGCUGUGGAAAACAUCUGUCAAGGCUUUAAUGAGCAAGAAUUUCACAUGACCACGACUGUUCUGCCAAGAGCAACCGAUUAUGAUGAUAUUAUAACUCACUUAUUUUAAAUUCAUUCAAUUUAGAUAAUGUGUUCGUCAUUGUAAUUUAUAAAUUUGUUAGUUUUGUUAUAAAUGUCCAUAACGUAAACCUUCCCAAUGUAAUCAUUAUUUGUAUAUUUGUUUUUAUAUUUUGUAAAAUAAUACUUAGUUAUUUUAAAGUAUGUGCUUAUUAAGUUAAAAUAACAAUAAAUAAAUAAAAAUAAUUUUCCAAUAAUCAAACCUCAAUCAGUGCCGUCAAAUUGUAUUUGAUAGACCCAAAUAGUUAAAUGUCAAUGUUAAAUUCGUAAUGAUUAAAUUCGUGCAUAUGCCACUAACAAAAUAUUUGUAGAAAACACGGUUUAUAUUUCAACGAUGAUAUUAUCAUGAUUAUAAUCAUAACAAUAGCACCAUGUCGAGGUUAGAUUAUUGCAUGGGACACAAGACGACCUUACCUCCUCGUGUGCUAAGCCAUUUUGGGUACCUGUUGAUCUGAGUCUCCCGGUACUUAAAAUGGAUAGCCGGUGUGUCCUGGGUCACAGUUAGUAACUUUGUAUAAUAUGUCUAACAAACAAAUGGGGAAUCAAUUUCGGCCCAAAUAAAUCAGGUUCUUACGUUUCAUAUGAUGAUCAAUUCUUUUUAUCGAAAAUCUAUUUCGUGGUAAGAAUUAAUAUUAAAAUUUGUUAUCUCAGUUCAGUUGAUUACUUAAAAUGAAUAAGAAGUAACAUUUUCAAAUCUCAGUUAAAAUAUUUGACUCUAUUCCCGUGACAUUAUUAUGCAAUCUUGCUAAUUGUGGGCGAAAUGGGUCGUCCCUAAUCUAAGGUGUGAAACGAACCGUGCCGAUAGAUGCGUGGCUGAGAAGGAGCUCAGUCUUGAACGGUGUGUCUUCGAUACCUGGGCACCUCGAAGAACUAUUAACGCCCUCCUUAUGGCAUGCCAGGCUCUGCUGUUUGUGAAAUUGUAUUCCUGCGCUACUCGUGGGAACUAUAUCGGAGUCAGACAACAAUAACGAAUAUGAUAUGCACUCUUUUAAUGCCAUCCUUGAUGAAAUACCUGGAACAUCAAAGGCAAAAGACGAAGAAUCAAGGAAGGUAGAUUAUCUAACAUCAUCUUCGUCUGCUCGAAGCACUUCGAGUUCUGAUAGUUGGACAGACGCAGAAUCACAUGCAUAUAGUCGUGUUAAGGAUUUAAGCGAAGGAGAAAAUGCUAAGCAGAGUAAACGCAAAGUAACAUCAAACCCUACAGAGAAGAGUCGAAAAUAUAAAAGAAACUUAAACCAACAACAAUUAUCUCAGCGUCUGAAUUCUAAAGAAUUACGGCCUACUCGUCCAUCGGUUGCACUUAAGCGCAGAUUAUCUCUGGAUUCAUCUGAACAUUCUCAAAAGACCACUGACAUGUUAAUAGAACGCGAUCAGGAAGAAAUCAAAACGCUAAUAAGAGAGUUAAUCGAGGCUUCAUUUGUUGGAAUCCGCAACAGACACCCCAUGAGCGAAUACCAAAUGCAAUUGAUUCAUCUAUCUCUCUGUGAUCUUAUUGAAAAUAUAAACAUAAAAGGAUCGGGACCGAGUUUCUCAGGCUUUAUUCACAAAACUGAUUGGAUCAUAAUUGUUUGUGACAAUUCGGAGAGUGAGCGGUGGUUAAAAAAAGCUAUACCUACCUUGAAACCAUGGCCGGACGCAGAAUUGUCUAUUAUAGAAACACGGGACAUACCAAUCAUCAUAACAGGAACCGCAUACAUUCCAUACAGCGAAGCUUUAACUAUCAGUACCGCUUUUCAUUUGUUGAACAUUCAAAAUCGAGGUCUGAACACAGAACACUGGAGAAUGGUGAGUGUUAGGCCUGAAACGUUUGGUCAAACUGUAACAUUCACUCUGGAUCAUGAUUCCGCUGAGGUCUUACGAAGUCUAAACGGUCGCAUCACACUUGGCUUCGAGAAGAUCAAAAUUGAAAUAGAGAGUAAUGUCAGUGAAACUCUAGAUGACCCCGUACCAGGACCUUCGGGAAUCACUCCAAAGCGUCGAAGAACGGAAAAUCUGUAAUAGACAAAUAUUUAAAAAGAAUUUACAUUACAAUCCGAAAAUUCAACGUGUUUUCUGUUUGUACUAACUAAUACCAAUUCAAAAUUGUUAAACAAAAAAUGGGAUAUCAUGAGUAAACAACAACUUGUAAGCUCACAGUAAAACACGGUUUCUAAACAUCGCAAUUACAACAAACAUAUUGGUUUCAAGUAACAUUUAAUUUAUAUUAAUUAUUUUAUGUUUUAAUUAAUUAUCUGAUUGGAUUAAUAAUAAUAAUUUGAACUGUUUUAGUUUGAGUGGGAUGAGAGGAAUGAAAUUUUAAUGUAAUUUUCUAAUUUACUUACUCUUCAUUUAUUUACUGGAUCGAUAUAGUAUUUUAACAGUAUUUAUAGGUAUAUAUUGCCUCGGUUUGCAAGCUGUGGAAAACAUCUGUCAAGGCUUUAAUGAGCAAGAAUUUCACAUGACCACGACUGUUCUGCCAAGAGCAACCGAUUAUGAUGAUAUUAUAACUCACUUAUUUUAAAUUCAUUCAAUUUAGAUAAUGUGUUCGUCAUUGUAAUUUAUAAAUUUGUUAGUUUUGUUAUAAAUGUCCAUAACGUAAACCUUCCCAAUGUAAUCAUUAUUUGUAUAUUUGUUUUUAUAUUUUGUAAAAUAAUACUUAGUUAUUUUAAAGUAUGUGCUUAUUAAGUUAAAAUAACAAUAAAUAAAUAAAAAUAAUUUUCCAAUAAUCAAACCUCAAUCAGUGCCGUCAAAUUGUAUUUGAUAGACCCAAAUAGUUAAAUGUCAAUGUUAAAUUCGUAAUGAUUAAAUUCGUGCAUAUGCCACUAACAAAAUAUUUGUAGAAAACACGGUUUAUAUUUCAACGAUGAUAUUAUCAUGAUUAUAAUCAUAACAAUAGCACCAUGUCGAGGUUAGAUUAUUGCAUGGGACACAAGACGACCUUACCUCCUCGUGUGCUAAGCCAUUUUGGGUACCUGUUGAUCUGAGUCUCCCGGUACUUAAAAUGGAUAGCCGGUGUGUCCUGGGUCACAGUUAGUAACUUUGUAUAAUAUGUCUAACAAACAAAUGGGGAAUCAAUUUCGGCCCAAAUAAAUCAGGUUCUUACGUUUCAUAUGAUGAUCAAUUCUUUUUAUCGAAAAUCUAUUUCGUGGUAAGAAUUAAUAUUAAAAUUUGUUAUCUCAGUUCAGUUGAUUACUUAAAAUGAAUAAGAAGUAACAUUUUCAAAUCUCAGUUAAAAUAUUUGACUCUAUUCCCGUGACAUUAUUAUGCAAUCUUGCUAAUUGUGGGCGAAAUGGGUCGUCCCUAAUCUAAGGUGUGAAACGAACCGUGCCGAUAGAUGCGUGGCUGAGAAGGAGCUCAGUCUUGAACGGUGUGUCUUCGAUACCUGGGCACCUCGAAGAACUAUUAACGCCCUCCUUAUGGCAUGCCAGGCUCUGCUGUUUGUGAAAUUGUAUUCCUGCGCUACUCGUGGGAACUAUAUCGGAGUCAGACAACAAUAACGAAUAUGAUAUGCACUCUUUUAAUGCCAUCCUUGAUGAAAUACCUGGAACAUCAAAGGCAAAAGACGAAGAAUCAAGGAAGGUAGAUUAUCUAACAUCAUCUUCGUCUGCUCGAAGCACUUCGAGUUCUGAUAGUUGGACAGACGCAGAAUCACAUGCAUAUAGUCGUAUUAAGGACUUAAGCGAGGGAGAAAAUGCUAAGAAGAGUAAAUGCAAAACAACAUCAAACCCUACAGAGAAGAGCCGAAAAUAUAAAAGAAACUUAAACCAACAACGAUUAUCUCAGCCUCUGAAUUCUAAAGAAGUACGGCCUACUCGUCCAUCGGUUGUACUUAAGCGCAGAUUGUCUCUGGAUUCAUCUGAACAUUUUCAAAAGACCACUGACAUGUUAAUAGAACGCGAUCAGGAAGAAAUCAAAACGCAAAUGAGAGAGUUAAUCGAGGCUUCAUCUAUUGGAAUCCGCAACAAAUACCCCAUGAGCGAAUACCAAAUGCAAUUGAUUCAUCUAUCUCUCUGUGAUCUUAUUGAAAAUAUAAACAUAAAAGGAUCGGGACCGAGUUUCUCAGGCUUUAUUCACAAAACUGAUUGGAUCAUAAUUGUUUGUGACAAUUCGGAGAGUGAGCGGUGGUUAAAAAAAGCUAUACCUACCUUGAAACCAUGGCCGGACGCAGAAUUGUCUAUUAUAGAAACACGGGACAUACCAAUCAUCAUAACAGGAACCGCAUACAUUCCAUACAGCGAAGCUUUAACUAUCAGUACCGCUUUUCAUUUGUUGAACAUUCAAAAUCGAGGUCUGAACACAGAACACUGGAGAAUGGUGAGUGUUAGGCCUGAAACGUUUGGUCAAACUGUAACAUUCACUCUGGAUCAUGAUUCCUCUGAGGUCUUACGAAGUCUAAACGGUCGCAUCACACUUGGCUUCGAGAAGAUCAAAAUUGAAAUAGAGAGUAAUGUCAGUGAAACUCUAGAUGACCCCGUACCAGGACCUUCGGGAAUCACUCCAAAGCGUCGAAGAACGGAAAAUCUGUAAUAGACAAAUAUUUAAAAAGAAUUUACAUUACAAUCCGAAAAUUCAACGUGUUUUCUGUUUGUACUAACUAAUACCAAUUCAAAAUUGUUAAACAAAAAAUGGGAUGUCAUGAGUAAACAACAACUUGUAAGCUCACAGUAAAACACGGUUUCUAAACAUCGCAAUUACAACAAACAUAUUGGUUUCAAGUAACAUUUAAUUUAUAUUAAUUAUUUUAUGUUUUAAUUAAUUAUCUGAUUAGAUUAAUAAUAAUAAUUUGAACUGUUUUAGUUUGAGUGGGAUGAGAGGAAUGAAAUUUUAAUGUAAUUUUCUAAUUUACUUACUCUUCGUUUAUUUACUGGAUCGACAUAGUAUUUUAACAGUAUCUAUAUAAUUCACUUAUUUUAAAUUCAUUUAAUUUAGAUAAUGUGUUCGUUAUUGUAAUUUAUACAUUUAUUAGUUUUGUUAUCAAUGUCCAUGGCAUAAAACUUCCCAUUGUAAUCAUUAUUUGUAUAUUUGUUUUUAAAUUUUGUAAAAUAUUAGUUAAUUACUUAUUAUAAAGUAUGUCCUUAUUAUGUUUAAAUAACAAUAAAUAAAUAAAAAUAAUUUUCCAAUAAUCAAACCUCAAUCAAUGCCGUCAAAUUGUAUUUGAUAGACCCAAACAGUUAAAUGUCAAUGUUAAAUUCGUAAUUAUGAAAUUCGUGAAAAUACCACUAACAAAAUAUUUGUAGAAAACACGGUUUAUAUUUCAACGAUGAUAUUAUCAUGAUUAUAAUCAUAACAAGAGUACCAUGUCGAGGUUAGAUUAUUGCACGGGACACAAGACGACCUUACCUCCUCGUGUGCUAAGCCAUUUUGGGUACCUGUUGAUUCGAGUCUCCCGGUACUUAAAAUGGAUAGCCGGUGUGUCCUGGGUCACAGUUAGUAACUUUGUAUAAUAUGUCUAACAAACCAAUGGGGAAUAUAUUUCGGCCCAAAAAAACAUCAGGUUCUUACGUUUCAUAUGAUGAUCAUUUUUUUUUAUCGAAAAUCUAUUUCGUGGUAAGAAUGAAUGUAAAAAUUUGUUAUCUCAGUUCAGUUGAUUACUUAAAAUGAAUAAGAAGUAACAUUUUCAAAUCUCAGUUAAAAUAUUUGCCUCUAUUCCCGUGACAUUAUUAUGCAAUCUUGCUAAUUGUGGGCGAAAUGGGUCGUCCCUAAUCUAAGGUGUGAAACGAACCGUGCCGAUAGAUGCGUGGCUGAGAAGGAGCUCAGUCUUGAACGGUGUGUCUUCGAUACCUGGGCACCUCGAAGAACUAUUAACGCCCUCCUUAUGGCAUGCCAGGCUCUGCUGUUUGUGAAAUUGUAUACCUGCGCUACUCGUGGGAACUAUAUCGGAGUCAGACAACAAUAACGAAUAUGAUAUGCACUCUUUUAACGCCAUCCUUGAUGCAAUACCUGAAACAUCAAAGGCAAAAGACGAAGAAUCAAGGAAGGUAGAUUAUCUAACAUCAUCUUCGUCUGCUCGAAGCACUUCGAGUUCUGAUAGUUGGACAGACGCAGAAUCACAUGCAUAUAGUCGUGUUAAGGAUUUAAGCGAAGGAGAAAAUGCUAAGCAGAGUAAACGCAAAGUAACAUCAAACCCUACAGAGAAGAGUCGAAAAUAUAAAAGAAACUUAAACCAACAACAAUUAUCUCAGCGUCUGAAUUCUAAAGAAGUACGGCCUACUCGUCCAUCGGUUGCACUUAAGCGCAGAUUAUCUCUGGAUUCAUCUGAACAUUCUCAAAAGACCACUGACAUGUUAAUAGAACGCGAUCAGGAAGAAAUCAAAACGCUAAUAAGAGAGUUAAUCGAGGCUUCAUUUGUUGGAAUCCGCAACAGACACCCCAUGAGCGAAUACCAAAUGCAAUUGAUUCAUCUAUCUCUCUGUGAUCUUAUUGAAAAUAUAAACAUAAAAGGAUCGGGACCGAGUUUCUCAGGCUUUAUUCACAAAACUGAUUGGAUCAUAAUUGUUUGUGACAAUUCGGAGAGUGAGCGGUGGUUAAAAAAAGCUAUACCUACCUUGAAACCAUGGCCGGACGCAGAAUUGUCUAUUAUAGAAACACGGGACAUACCAAUCAUCAUAACAGGAACCGCAUACAUUCCAUACAGCGAAGCUUUAACUAUCAGUACCGCUUUUCAUUUGUUGAACAUUCAAAAUCGAGGUCUGAACACAGAACACUGGAGAAUGGUGAGUGUUAGGCCUGAAACGUUUGGUCAAACUGUAACAUUCACUCUGGAUCAUGAUUCCGCUGAGGUCUUACGAAGUCUAAACGGUCGCAUCACACUUGGCUUCGAGAAGAUCAAAAUUGAAAUAGAGAGUAAUGUCAGUGAAACUCUAGAUGACCCCGUACCAGGACCUUCGGGAAUCACUCCAAAGCGUCGAAGAACGGAAAAUCUGUAAUAGACAAAUAUUUAAAAAGAAUUUACAUUACAAUCCGAAAAUUCAACGUGUUUUCUGUUUGUACUAACUAAUACCAAUUCAAAAUUGUUAAACAAAAAAUGGGAUAUCAUGAGUAAACAACAACUUGUAAGCUCACAGUAAAACACGGUUUCUAAACAUCGCAAUUACAACAAACAUAUUGGUUUCAAGUAACAUUUAAUUUAUAUUAAUUAUUUUAUGUUUUAAUUAAUUAUCUGAUUGGAUUAAUAAUAAUAAUUUGAACUGUUUUAGUUUGAGUGGGAUGAGAGGAAUGAAAUUUUAAUGUAAUUUUCUAAUUUACUUACUCUUCAUUUAUUUACUGGAUCGAUAUAGUAUUUUAACAGUAUUUAUAGGUAUAUAUUGCCUCGGUUUGCAAGCUGUGGAAAACAUCUGUCAAGGCUUUAAUGAGCAAGAAUUUCACAUGACCACGACUGUUCUGCCAAGAGCAACCGAUUAUGAUGAUAUUAUAACUCACUUAUUUUAAAUUCAUUCAAUUUAGAUAAUGUGUUCGUCAUUGUAAUUUAUAAAUUUGUUAGUUUUGUUAUAAAUGUCCAUAACGUAAACCUUCCCAAUGUAAUCAUUAUUUGUAUAUUUGUUUUUAUAUUUUGUAAAAUAAUACUUAGUUAUUUUAAAGUAUGUGCUUAUUAAGUUAAAAUAACAAUAAAUAAAUAAAAAUAAUUUUCCAAUAAUCAAACCUCAAUCAGUGCCGUCAAAUUGUAUUUGAUAGACCCAAAUAGUUAAAUGUCAAUGUUAAAUUCGUAAUGAUUAAAUUCGUGCAUAUGCCACUAACAAAAUAUUUGUAGAAAACACGGUUUAUAUUUCAACGAUGAUAUUAUCAUGAUUAUAAUCAUAACAAUAGCACCAUGUCGAGGUUAGAUUUUUGCAUGGGACACAAGACGACCUUACCUCCUCGUGUGCUAAGCCAUUUUGGGUACCUGUUGAUCUGAGUCUCCCGGUACUUAAAAUGGAUAGCCGGUGUGUCCUGGGUCACAGUUAGUAACUUUGUAUAAUAUGUCUAACAAACAAAUGGGGAAUCAAUUUCGGCCCAAAUAAAUCAGGUUCUUACGUUUCAUAUGAUGAUCAAUUCUUUUUAUCGAAAAUCUAUUUCGUGGUAAGAAUUAAUAUUAAAAUUUGUUAUCUCAGUUCAGUUGAUUACUUAAAAUGAAUAAGAAGUAACAUUUUCAAAUCUCAGUUAAAAUAUUUGACUCUAUUCCCGUGACAUUAUUAUGCAAUCUUGCUAAUUGUGGGCGAAAUGGGUCGUCCCUAAUCUAAGGUGUGAAACGAACCGUGCCGAUAGAUGCGUGGCUGAGAAGGAGCUCAGUCUUGAACGGUGUGUCUUCGAUACCUGGGCACCUCGAAGAACUAUUAACGCCCUCCUUAUGGCAUGCCAGGCUCUGCUGUUUGUGAAAUUGUAUUCCUGCGCUACUCGUGGGAACUAUAUCGGAGUCAGACAACAAUAACGAAUAUGAUAUGCACUCUUUUAAUGCCAUCCUUGAUGAAAUACCUGGAACAUCAAAGGCAAAAGACGAAGAAUCAAGGAAGGUAGAUUAUCUAACAUCAUCUUCGUCUGCUCGAAGCACUUCGAGUUCUGAUAGUUGGACAGACGCAGAAUCACAUGCAUAUAGUCGUAUUAAGGACUUAAGCGAGGGAGAAAAUGCUAAGAAGAGUAAAUGCAAAACAACAUCAAACCCUACAGAGAAGAGCCGAAAAUAUAAAAGAAACUUAAACCAACAACGAUUAUCUCAGCCUCUGAAUUCUAAAGAAGUACGGCCUACUCGUCCAUCGGUUGUACUUAAGCGCAGAUUGUCUCUGGAUUCAUCUGAACAUUUUCAAAAGACCACUGACAUGUUAAUAGAACGCGAUCAGGAAGAAAUCAAAACGCAAAUGAGAGAGUUAAUCGAGGCUUCAUCUAUUGGAAUCCGCAACAAAUACCCCAUGAGCGAAUACCAAAUGCAAUUGAUUCAUCUAUCUCUCUGUGAUCUUAUUGAAAAUAUAAACAUAAAAGGAUCGGGACCGAGUUUCUCAGGCUUUAUUCACAAAACUGAUUGGAUCAUAAUUGUUUGUGACAAUUCGGAGAGUGAGCGGUGGUUAAAAAAAGCUAUACCUACCUUGAAACCAUGGCCGGACGCAGAAUUGUCUAUUAUAGAAACACGGGACAUACCAAUCAUCAUAACAGGAACCGCAUACAUUCCAUACAGCGAAGCUUUAACUAUCAGUACCGCUUUUCAUUUGUUGAACAUUCAAAAUCGAGGUCUGAACACAGAACACUGGAGAAUGGUGAGUGUUAGGCCUGAAACGUUUGGUCAAACUGUAACAUUCACUCUGGAUCAUGAUUCCUCUGAGGUCUUACGAAGUCUAAACGGUCGCAUCACACUUGGCUUCGAGAAGAUCAAAAUUGAAAUAGAGAGUAAUGUCAGUGAAACUCUAGAUGACCCCGUACCAGGACCUUCGGGAAUCACUCCAAAGCGUCGAAGAACGGAAAAUCUGUAAUAGACAAAUAUUUAAAAACAGCUUUUGCUAUAUUCCGAAAAUCAACGUGUUUUCUGUUUGUGCUAAUACCAAUUCAAAAUUGUUAAACAAAAAAUGGGAUAUCAUGAGUAAACAACAACUUGUAAGCUCACAGUAAAACACGGUUUCUAAACAUCGCAAUUACAACAAACAUAUUGGUUUCAAGUAACAUUUAAUUUAUAUUAAUUAUUUUAUGUUUUAAUUAAUUAUCUGAUUAGAUUAAUAAUAAUAAUUUGAACUGUUUUAGUUUGAGUGGGAUGAGAGGAAUGAAAUUUUAAUGUAAUUUUCUAAUUUACUUACUCUUCGUUUAUUUACUGGAUCGACAUAGUAUUUUAACAGUAUCUAUAUAAUUCACUUAUUUUAAAUUCAUUUAAUCUAGAUAAUGUGUUCGUUAUUGUAAUUUAUACAUUUAUUAGUUUUGUUAUCAAUGUCCAUGGCAUAAAACUUCCCAUUGUAAUCAUUAUUUGUAUAUUUGUUUUUAAAUUUUGUAAAAUAUUAGUUAAUUACUUAUUAUAAAGUAUGUCCUUAUUAUGUUUAAAUAACAAUAAAUAAAUAAAAAUAAUUUUCCAAUAAUCAAACCUCAAUCAAUGCCGUCAAAUUGUAUUUGAUAGACCCAAACAGUUAAAUGUCAAUGUUAAAUUCGUAAUUAUGAAAUUCGUGAAAAUACCACUAACAAAAUAUUUGUAGAAAACACGGUUUAUAUUUCAACGAUGAUAUUAUCAUGAUUAUAAUCAUAACAAGAGUACCAUGUCGAGGUUAGAUUAUUGCACGGGACACAAGACGACCUUACCUCCUCGUGUGCUAAGCCAUUUUGGGUACCUGUUGAUUCGAGUCUCCCGGUACUUAAAAUGGAUAGCCGGUGUGUCCUGAGUCACAGUUAGUAACUUUGUAUAAUAUGUCUAACAAACCAAUGGGGAAUAUAUUUCGGCCCAAAAAAACAUCAGGUUCUUACGUUUCAUAUGAUGAUCAUUUUUUUUUAUCGAAAAUCUAUUUCGUGGUAAGAAUGAAUGUAAAAAUUUGUUAUCUCAGUUCAGUUGAUUACUUAAAAUGAAUAAGAAGUAACAUUUUCAAAUCUCAGUUAAAAUAUUUGCCUCUAUUCCCGUGACAUUAUUAUGCAAUCUUGCUAAUUGUGGGCGAAAUGGGUCGUCCCUAAUCUAAGGUGUGAAACGAACCGUGCCGAUAGAUGCGUGGCUGAGAAGGAGCUCAGUCUUGAACGGUGUGUCUUCGAUACCUGGGCACCUCGAAGAACUAUUAACGCCCUCCUUAUGGCAUGCCAGGCUCUGCUGUUUGUGAAAUUGUAUACCUGCGCUACUCGUGGGAACUAUAUCGGAGUCAGACAACAAUAACGAAUAUGAUAUGCACUCUUUUAACGCCAUCCUUGAUGCAAUACCUGAAACAUCAAAGGCAAAAGACGAAGAAUCAAGGAAGGUAGAUUAUCUAACAUCAUCUUCGUCUGCUCGAAGCACUUCGAGUUCUGAUAGUUGGACAGACGCAGAAUCACAUGCAUAUAGUCGUAUUAAGGACUUAAGCGAAGGAGAAAAUGCUAAGCAGAGUAAACGCAAAGUAACAUCAAACCCUACAGAGAAGAGUCGAAAAUAUAAAAGAAACUUAAACCUACAACGAUUAUCUCAGCGUCUGAAUUCUAAAGAAGUACGACCUACUCGUCCAUCGGUUGUACUUAAGCGCAGAUUGUCUCUGGAUUCAUCUGAACAUUCUCAAAAUACCAUUGACAUGUUAAUAGAACGCGAUCAGGAAGAAAUCAAAACGCCAAUGAGAGAGUUAAUCGAGGCUUCAUCUGUUGGAAUCCGCAACAGAUACCCCAUGAGCGAAUACCAAAUGCAAUUGAUUCAUCUAUCUCUCUGUGAUCUUAUUGAAAAGAUAAACAUAAAAGGAUCGGGACCGAGUUUCUCAGGCUUUAUUCACAAAACUGAUUGGAUCAUAAUUGUUUGUGACAAUUCUGAGAGUGAGCGGUGGUUAAAAAAAGCUAUACCUACCUUGAGACCGUGGCCGGACGCAGAAUUGUCUAUUAUAGAAACACGGGACAUACCAAUCAUCAUAACAGGAACCGCAUACAUUCCAUACAGCGAAGCUUUAACUAUCAGUACCGCUUUUCAUUUGUUGAACAUUCAAAAUCGAGGUCUGAACACAGAACACUGGAGAAUGGUGAGUGUUAGGCCUGAAACGUUUGGUCAAACUGUAACAUUCACUCUGGAUCAUGAUUCCGCUGAGGUCUUACGAAGUCUAAACGGUCGCAUCACACUUGGCUUCGAGAAGAUCAAAAUUGAAAUAGAGAGUAAUGUCAGUGAAACUCUAGAUGACCCCGUACCAGGAACUUCGGGAAUCACUCCAAAGCGUCGAAGAACGGAAAAUCUGUAAUAGACAAAUAUUUAAAAAGAAUUUACAUUACAAUCCGAAAAUUCAACGUGUUUUCUGUUUGUACUAACUAAUACCAAUUCAAAAUUGUUAAACAAAAAAUGGGAUAUCAUGAGUAAACAACAACUUGUAAGCUCACAAUAAAACACGGUUUCUAAACAUCGCAAUUACAACAAACAUAUUGGUUUCAAGUAACAUUUAAUUUAUAUUAAUUAUUUUAUGUUUUAAUUAAUUAUCUGAUUAGAUUAAUAAUAAUAAUUUGAACUGUUUUAGUUUGAGUGGGAUGAGAGGAAUGAAAUUUUAAUGUAAUUUUCUAAUUUACUUACUCUUCAUUUAUUUACUGGAUCGAUAUAGUAUUUUAACAGUAUUUAUAGGUAUAUAUUGCCUCGGUUUGCAAGCUGUGGAAAACAUCUGUCAAGGCUUUAAUGAGCAAGAAUUUCACAUGACCACGACUGUUCUGCCAAGAGCAACCGAUUAUGAUGAUAUUAUAACUCACUUAUUUUAAAUUCAUUCAAUUUAGAUAAUGUGUUCGUCAUUGUAAUUUAUAAAUUUGUUAGUUUUGUUAUAAAUGUCCAUAACGUAAACCUUCCCAAUGUAAUCAUUAUUUGUAUAUUUGUUUUUAUAUUUUGUAAAAUAAUACUUAGUUAUUUUAAAGUAUGUGCUUAUUAAGUUAAAAUAACAAUAAAUAAAUAAAAAUAAUUUUCCAAUAAUCAAACCUCAAUCAGUGCCGUCAAAUUGUAUUUGAUAGACCCAAAUAGUUAAAUGUCAAUGUUAAAUUCGUAAUGAUUAAAUUCGUGCAUAUGCCACUAACAAAAUAUUUGUAGAAAACACGGUUUAUAUUUCAACGAUGAUAUUAUCAUGAUUAUAAUCAUAACAAUAGCACCAUGUCGAGGUUAGAUUAUUGCAUAGGACACAAGACGACCUUACCUCCUCGUGUGCUAAGCCAUUUUGGGUACCUGUUGAUCUGAGUCUCCCGGUACUUAAAAUGGAUAGCCGGUGUGUCCUGGGUCACAGUUAGUAACUUUGUAUAAUAUGUCUAACAAACAAAUGGGGAAUCAAUUUCGGCCCAAAUAAAUCAGGUUCUUACGUUUCAUAUGAUGAUCAAUUCUUUUUAUCGAAAAUCUAUUUCGUGGUAAGAAUUAAUAUUAAAAUUUGUUAUCUCAGUUCAGUUGAUUACUUAAAAUGAAUAAGAAGUAACAUUUUCAAAUCUCAGUUAAAAUAUUUGACUCUAUUCCCGUGACAUUAUUAUGCAAUCUUGCUAAUUGUGGGCGAAAUGGGUCGUCCCUAAUCUAAGGUGUGAAAAGAACCGUGCCGAUAGAUGCGUGGCUGAGAAGGAGCUCAGUCUUGAACGGUGUGUCUUCGAUACCUGGGCACCUCGAAGAACUAUUAACGCCCUCCUUAUGGCAUGCCAGGCUCUGCUGUUUGUGAAAUUGUAUUCCUGCGCUACUCGUGGGAACUAUAUCGGAGUCAGACAACAAUAACGAAUAUGAUAUGCACUCUUUUAAUGCCAUCCUUGAUGAAAUACCUGGAACAUCAAAGGCAAAAGACGAAGAAUCAAGGAAGGUAGAUUAUCUAACAUCAUCUUCGUCUGCUCGAAGCACUUCGAGUUCUGAUAGUUGGACAGACGCAGAAUCACAUGCAUAUAGUCGUAUUAAGGACUUAAGCGAGGGAGAAAAUGCUAAGAAGAGUAAAUGCAAAACAACAUCAAACCCUACAGAGAAGAGCCGAAAAUAUAAAAGAAACUUAAACCAACAACGAUUAUCUCAGCCUCUGAAUUCUAAAGAAGUACGGCCUACUCGUCCAUCGGUUGUACUUAAGCGCAGAUUAUCUCUGGAUUCAUUUGAACAUUCCCCUAAGACCAGUGACAUGUUAAUAGUACGCAAUCAGGAAGAAAUUAAAACGCCAAUGAGAGAGUUAAUCGAGGCUUCUUCUGUUGGAAUCCGCAACAGACACCCCAUGAGCGAAUACCAAAUGCAAUUGAUUCAUCUAUCCCUCUGUGAUCUUAUUGAAAAUAUAAACAUAAAAGGAUCAGGACCGAGUUUCUCAGGCUUUAUUCACAAAAAUGAUUGGAUCAUGAUUGUUUGUGACAAUUCGGAUAGUGAGCGGUGGUUAAAAAAAGCUAUACCUACCUUGAAACCGUGGCCGGAGGCAGAACUGUCUAUUAUAGAAACACGGGAUAUAGCCAACAUCACAACAGGAACCGCAUACAUUCCAUACAGCGAAGCUUUAACUAUCAGUAGCGCUUUUCAUUUGUUGAACAUUCAAAAUCGAGGUCUGAACACAGAACACUGGAAAGUGGUGAGUGUUAGGCCUGAAACGUUUGGUCAAACUAUAACAUUCACUCUGGAUCAUGAUUCCGCUGAGGUCUUACGAAGUCUAAACGGUCGCAUCACACUUGGCUUCGAGAAGAUCAAAAUUGAAAUAGAGAGUAAUGUCAGUGAAACUCCAGAUGACCCCGUACCAGGACCUUCGGGAAUCACUCCAAAGCGUCGAAGAACGGAAAAUCUGUAAUAGACAAAUAUUUAAAAAGAAUUUACAUUACAAUCCGAAAAUUCAACGUGUUUUCUGUUUGUACUAACUAAUACCAAUUCAAAAUUGUUAAACAAAAAAUGGGAUAUCAUGAGUAAACAACAACUUGUAAGCUCACAGUAAAACACGGUUUCUAAACAUCGCAAUUACAACAAACAUAUUGGUUUCAAGUAACAUUUAAUUUAUAUUAAUUAUUUUAUGUUUUAAUUAAUUAUCUGAUUAGAUUAAUAAUAAUAAUUUGAACUGUUUUAGUUUGAGUGGGAUGAGAGGAAUGAAAUUUUAAUGUAAUUUUCUAAUUUACUUACUCUUCAUUUAUUUACUGGAUCGAUAUAGUAUUUUAACAGUAUUUAUAGGUAUAUAUUGCCUCGGUUUGCAAGCUGUGGAAAACAUCUGUCAAGGCUUUAAUGAGCAAGAAUUUCACAUGACCACGACUGUUCUGCCAAGAGCAACCGAUUAUGAUGAUAUUAUAACUCACUUAUUUUAAAUUCAUUCAAUUUAGAUAAUGUGUUCGUCAUUGUAAUUUAUAAAUUUGUUAGUUUUGUUAUAAAUGUCCAUAACGUAAACCUUCCCAAUGUAAUCAUUAUUUGUAUAUUUGUUUUUAUAUUUUGUAAAAUAAUACUUAGUUAUUUUAAAGUAUGUGCUUAUUAAGUUAAAAUAACAAUAAAUAAAUAAAAAUAAUUUUCCAAUAAUCAAACCUCAAUCAGUGCCGUCAAAUUGUAUUUGAUAGACCCAAAUAGUUAAAUGUCAAUGUUAAAUUCGUAAUGAUUAAAUUCGUGCAUAUGCCACUAACAAAAUAUUUGUAGAAAACACGGUUUAUAUUUCAACGAUGAUAUUAUCAUGAUUAUAAUCAUAACAAUAGCACCAUGUCGAGGUUAGAUUAUUGCAUGGGACACAAGACGACCUUACCUCCUCGUGUGCUAAGCCAUUUUGGGUACCUGUUGAUCUGAGUCUCCCGGUACUUAAAAUGGAUAGCCGGUGUGUCCUGGGUCACAGUUAGUAACUUUGUAUAAUAUGUCUAACAAACAAAUGGGGAAUCAAUUUCGGCCCAAAUAAAACAGGUUCUUACGUUUCAUAUGAUGAUCAAUUCUUUUUAUCGAAAAUCUAUUUCGUGGUAAGAAUUAAUAUUAAAAUUUGUUAUCUCAGUUCAGUUGAUUACUUAAAAUGAAUAAGAAGUAACAUUUUCAAAUCUCAGUUAAAAUAUUUGACUCUAUUCCCGUGACAUUAUUAUGCAAUCUUGCUAAUUGUGGGCGAAAUGGGUCGUCCCUAAUCUAAGGUGUGAAACGAACCGUGCCGAUAGAUGCGUGGCUGAGAAGGAGCUCAGUCUUGAACGGUGUGUCUUCGAUACCUGGGCACCUCGAAGAACUAUUAACGCCCUCCUUAUGGCAUGCCAGGCUCUGCUGUUUGUGAAAUUGUAUACCUGCGCUACUCGUGGGAACUAUAUCGGAGUCAGACAACAAUAACGAAUAUGAUAUGCACUCUUUUAACGCCAUCCUUGAUGCAAUACCUGAAACAUCAAAGGCAAAAGACGAAGAAUCAAGGAAGGUAGAUUAUCUAACAUCAUCUUCGUCUGCUCGAAGCACUUCGAGUUCUGAUAGUUGGACAGACGCAGAAUCACAUGCAUAUAGUCGUGUUAAGGAUUUAAGCGAAGGAGAAAAUGCUAAGCAGAGUAAACGCAAAGUAACAUCAAACCCUACAGAGAAGAGUCGAAAAUAUAAAAGAAACUUAAACCAACAACAAUUAUCUCAGCGUCUGAAUUCUAAAGAAGUACGGCCUACUCGUCCAUCGGUUGCACUUAAGCGCAGAUUAUCUCUGGAUUCAUCUGAACAUUCUCAAAAGACCACUGACAUGUUAAUAGAACGCGAUCAGGAAGAAAUCAAAACGCUAAUAAGAGAGUUAAUCGAGGCUUCAUUUGUUGGAAUCCGCAACAGACACCCCAUGAGCGAAUACCAAAUGCAAUUGAUUCAUCUAUCUCUCUGUUAUCUUAUUGAAAAUAUAAACAUAAAAGGAUCGGGACCGAGUUUCUCAGGCUUUAUUCACAAAACUGAUUGGAUCAUAAUUGUUUGUGACAAUUCGGAGAGUGAGCGGUGGUUAAAAAAAGCUAUACCUACCUUGAAACCAUGGCCGGACGCAGAAUUGUCUAUUAUAGAAACACGGGACAUACCAAUCAUCAUAACAGGAACCGCAUACAUUCCAUACAGCGAAGCUUUAACUAUCAGUACCGCUUUUCAUUUGUUGAACAUUCAAAAUCGAGGUCUGAACACAGAACACUGGAGAAUGGUGAGUGUUAGGCCUGAAACGUUUGGUCAAACUGUAACAUUCACUCUGGAUCAUGAUUCCGCUGAGGUCUUACGAAGUCUAAACGGUCGCAUCACACUUGGCUUCGAGAAGAUCAAAAUUGAAAUAGAGAGUAAUGUCAGUGAAACUCUAGAUGACCCCGUACCAGGACCUUCGGGAAUCACUCCAAAGCGUCGAAGAACGGAAAAUCUGUAAUAGACAAAUAUUUAAAAAGAGCUUUUGCUAUAUUCCGAAAAUCAACGUGUUUUCUGUUUGUGCUAAUACCAAUUCAAAAUUGUUAAACAAAAAAUGGGAUAUCAUGAGUAAACAACAACUUGUAAGCUCACAGUAAAACACGGUUUCUAAACAUCGCAAUUACAACAAACAUAUUGGUUUCAAGUAACAUUUAAUUUAUAUUAAUUAUUUUAUGUUUUAAUUAAUUAUCUGAUUAGAUUAAUAAUAAUAAUUUGAACUGUUUUAGUUUGAGUGGGAUGAGAGGAAUGAAAUUUUAAUGUAAUUUUCUAAUUUACUUACUCUUCAUUUAUUUACUGGAUCGAUAUAGUAUUUUAACAGUAUUUAUAGGUAUAUAUUGCCUCGGUUUGCAAGCUGUGGAAAACAUCUGUCAAGGCUUUAAUGAGCAAGAAUUUCACAUGACCACGACUGUUCUGCCAAGAGCAACCGAUUAUGAUGAUAUUAUAACUCACUUAUUUUAAAUUCAUUCAAUUUAGAUAAUGUGUUCGUCAUUGUAAUUUAUAAAUUUGUUAGUUUUGUUAUAAAUGUCCAUAACGUAAACCUUCCCAAUGUAAUCAUUAUUUGUAUAUUUGUUUUUAUAUUUUGUAAAAUAAUACUUAGUUAUUUUAAAGUAUGUGCUUAUUAAGUUAAAAUAACAAUAAAUAAAUAAAAAUAAUUUUCCAAUAAUCAAACCUCAAUCAGUGCCGUCAAAUUGUAUUUGAUAGACCCAAAUAGUUAAAUGUCAAUGUUAAAUUCGUAAUGAUUAAAUUCGUGCAUAUGCCACUAACAAAAUAUUUGUAGAAAACACGGUUUAUAUUUCAACGAUGAUAUUAUCAUGAUUAUAAUCAUAACAAUAGCACCAUGUCGAGGUUAGAUUAUUGCAUGGGACACAAGACGACCUUACCUCCUCGUGUGCUAAGCCAUUUUGGGUACCUGUUGAUCUGAGUCUCCCGGUACUUAAAAUGGAUAGCCGGUGUGUCCUGGGUCACAGUUAGUAACUUUGUAUAAUAUGUCUAACAAACAAAUGGGGAAUCAAUUUCGGCCCAAAUAAAUCAGGUUCUUACGUUUCAUAUGAUGAUCAAUUCUUUUUAUCGAAAAUCUAUUUCGUGGUAAGAAUUAAUAUUAAAAUUUGUUAUCUCAGUUCAGUUGAUUACUUAAAAUGAAUAAGAAGUAACAUUUUCAAAUCUCAGUUAAAAUAUUUGACUCUAUUCCCGUGACAUUAUUAUGCAAUCUUGCUAAUUGUGGGCGAAAUGGGUCGUCCCUAAUCUAAGGUGUGAAACGAACCGUGCCGAUAGAUGCGUGGCUGAGAAGGAGCUCAGUCUUGAACGGUGUGUCUUCGAUACCUGGGCACCUCGAAGAACUAUUAACGCCCUCCUUAUGGCAUGCCAGUCUCUGCUGUUUGUGAAAUUGUAUACCUGCGCUACUCGUGGGAACUAUAUCGGAGUCAGACAACAAUAACGAAUAUGAUAUGCACUCUUUUAAUGCCAUCCUUGAUGAAAUACCUGGAACAUCAAAGGCAAAAGACGAAGAAUCAAGGAAGGUAGAUUAUCUAACAUCAUCUUCGUCUGCUCGAAGCACUUCGAGUUCUGAUAGUUGGACAGACGCAGAAUCACAUGCAUAUAGUCGUGUUAAAGAUUUAAGCGAAGGAGAAAAUGCUAAGCAGAGUAAACGCAAAGUAACAUCAAACCCUACAGAGAAGAGUCGAAAAUAUAAAAGAAACUUAAACCUACAACGAUUAUCUCAGCGUCUGAAUUCUAAAGAAGUACGACCUACUCGUCCAUCGGUUGUACUUAAGCGCAGAUUGUCUCUGGAUUCAUCUGAACAUUCUCAAAAUACCAUUGACAUGUUAAUAGAACGCGAUCAGGAAGAAAUCAAAACGCCAAUGAGAGAGUUAAUCGAGGCUUCUUCUGUUGGAAUCCGCAACAGAUACCCCAUGAGCGAAUACCAAAUGCAAUUGAUUCAUCUAUCUCUCUGUGAUCUUAUUGAAAAGAUAAACAUAAAAGGAUCGGGACCGAGUUUCUCAGGCUUUAUUCACAAAACUGAUUGGAUCAUAAUUGUUUGUGACAAUUCGGAGAGUGAGCGGUGGUUAAAAAAAGCUAUACCUACCUUGAAACCAUGGCCGGACGCAGAACUGUCUAUUAUAGAAACACGGGACAUACCAAUCAUCAUAACAGGAACCGCAUACAUUCCAUACAGCGAAGCUUUAACUAUCAGUACCGCUUUUCAUUUGUUGAACAUUCAAAAUCGAGGUCUGAACACAGAACACUGGAAAGUGGUGAGUGUUAGGCCUGAAACGUUUGGUCAAACUAUAACAUUCACUCUGGAUCAUGAUUCCGCUGAGGUCUUACGAAGUCUAAACGGUCGCAUCACACUUGGCUUCGAGAAGAUCAAAAUUGAAAUAGAGAGUAAUGUCAGUGAAACUCUAGAUGACCCCGUACCAGGACCUUCGGGAAUCACUCCAAAGCGUCGAAGAACGGAAAAUCUGUAAUAGACAAAUAUUUAAAAAGAGCUUUUGCUAUAUUCCGAAAAUUCAACGUGUUUUCUGUUUGUGCUAAUACCAAUUCAAAUUUGUUAAACAAAAAAUGGGAUAUCAUAACUAAACAACAACUUGUAAGCUCACAGUAAAACACAGUUUCUAAGCAUCGCAAUUGAUGCAUAAAAAACAACAAACAUGUUGGUCCAAGCAACAUUUUAUUUAAAUAAAGUUCCUUCAAAUGUGGUCAUAACUAAGAUUUUGUAUUUAAUUUUAAUUAUUUUAUAAUUCAAUUAACUAUCUGAUUAGAUUAUUUAUGAUAAUAUGAACUGUUUUAGUUUUAAUGAGAUGAAAAGAUUGAAAUGUAAUUUUCUAAUUUACUUACAUACUCUAAAAUUUUUUUCAAUAACUCACUAUUUUUAAUUUCAUUUAAUUUAGAUAAUGUAUUCGUCAUUGUAAUUUAUAAAUUUGUUAGUUUUGUUAUAAAUGUCCGUGACAUAAAGCUUUCUAAUGUUAUAAUUAUUUGUAUAUUCAUUUUCAUGUUUUGUAAAAUAAAACUUAAUUAGUGAUUUUAAAGUAUGUGCUUAUUAAGUUAAAAUAACAAUAAAUAAAUAAAAUUGUUUUCCAAUAAUCAAACCUCAAUCAGUGCCGUCAAAUUGUAUUUGAAAGACCCAAAUAGUUAAAUGUCAAUGUUAAACUCGUAAUUAUGAAAUUCGUGAGUAUGCCACUAACAAAAUAUUUGUAGAAAACACGGUUUAUAUUUAAACGAUGAUAUUAUCACGAUUAUAAUCAUAACAAUAGUACCAUGUCGAGGUUAGAUUAUUGCAU